UAAAAUGUCUUAAUUAAUAAUAACAACAACAUCCUCCGUAUUCCUUGAAUUAUCUUGCCAAUUUAAUAUAAAUGUGAUUUUAAUUAAGGGUUGUUAGGAUGAACAGGACACAUGUACGCCCCCUCAAAUGAAUCCAAUCGAAAUGAAACAAUAAAUUCAAGCCACAACAUUCAAAUAAAAGCAACACCAGACAACUGUUGUGUUUGCGGUAAAACAACUAUGGGUCAAGUUGAAUUGCAACCUGAGGAUAUUGAUGAGUCGAUUACAGCUUUACAAGGAGCCCUCAAGAGAACCUGGUGUGCAUUUUGUGCUACCACAAGUAUACAUGGCUUGAAAUAUGCUCGUGAUGAAGAUACCAACAAAUAUAUUAGGUUUCUUUGGUACCUCAUUACAUUGAUCAUGUUCAUUUGUGCCAUAAUUAUGGUAUUCACCUUCUAUGUGGACUAUCGCAGCAAUCCCACACGCAUGAAUGUGGAAAACGACCAUGCUCCCAUUGAUAGCAUUCUGUUUCCGGCCACCACCAUUUGCCCGGAGGUCUUGUAUAAUUUGGAAAAAUCGAAGGCAUAUUUCGAAACAUUAACUAUACCGGAAAACACCACGGUGGCGGAACUUACAUCAAUUCUGGGCAUCGAUUAUGGUUUCAUGUACGACGAUCGUCAUUAUGAGCCUCGAGAGCUGCAACUAUUCGAUGCGCUAUUGGAACUGAAUGAUCUGAAUAUUUUGGACUUUGCCCGAAAUAUGGCUUGGAAUUGCAAUGACCUGAUAUACAAAUGUAGGUUCAAGGAUACCAUUGUUCCCUGUGACAGUUUAUUUCAAGUUGCCUCAACAUUUAAUGGAUUCUGCUGUGCUUUUAAUUUGAAUCAGACAUACACCUUGAAAUUCACGAAUCAACUGGCCGCAGGAGGUUUUCGCAACGGCCUCUCAAUGAUGCUGUAUUAUAACGAUUCCAUGUACGAUAAAAUAAGUUCAUAUUCGAUUGGCUUUAAAGUCAUGAUCCAAGAGACCAAUGGAUUUCCCAGUGCCCAUUCGGCAAUUAAAUUUAUUCCAUUAAAUGAAGAGGUCUUCAUAUCUGUGCGCCCCAUCGAGACAUUUUGUUCGAAAGCUGUAAAAGAUUUGACCUUUGACGAACGUCAAUGCACGUUUCCCUAUGAACGGCCGCUCACUUAUUUCCCCAGUUACGUGGGGGCGAAUUGUGAGCUCAAUUGUCGCGUUACAAUGAUGGUGAAAUUCUGUGGCUGCCAUACUUAUUUCUUCUAUAGCAAUCGGACAAAUGAUCGAAUUUGUACCUAUAAGGAUAUUCCGUGUUUGGUGGGGAACUUUGCUGACAUCAUUGGCCGCAUAAAGAAACAUCAGUGUCCUUGCGUAAAUAGUUGUGAAAAGGUCGAAUUUAAUGUCCAGGCUACCAGUUCGACCUUGGAUUUGGAUAUACAAUCCAUUGAUGAUUUCUAUACCGGCUUGAAAAAGGAUUAUUCCGUUGUCCACAUUUACAUGAAUUCCGAGGUGUACCGGCGGGUGCGCCACGAUUUACUAUCGAAUAUGGUAACAUUGGUCUCAAACUUGGGCAGUGCUUUUAGUUUAUUUGUCGGCAUGAGCAUGGUAUCCGCUGUCGAAAUUGUGUACUAUUUUACAGUUAUAUUGAAGAAAUUCUACCGACAGGAAAAAAAUGCCAGAGAGAAAUUAUUUAUUCGAAGACAACGGGAGCUCGAAGAUCGAGAGGAGAAUGAAAAUAAUGAAUCUUAAAAUAAUUUGGCGCGUUAUUUAGUUUCUCAACUUUAUUGUAUAUUUGACAUAUCUCAAAUAAAACAAAGAAAGCUUAAGCACUUAGAAUUAGAACUAAUUUAUCUAAAAUUUUUUUUAGAAAGGAGGAAGAAUUGGUUACUGCUCACAGUAUUGUUAAAUACACUUGACAUUUUCCACAACCCAGACUGGCAAUUGCACAUUAAAAUUAUAAGA